AUAAAUGUAAGAAAAGAAAUUGUCCAUCACACAAUGGGAGAUAUAAUAGAACAUGCGCUUUCUCCCCAAUCGGAUAUUUAUGAAAAGCUUAAAGAGUAA